GGAUGCAAUAAAAACUCCCAUAACUUCAGAAACCAUCAGGUCUAUCAUGACCAUAGUGGCAUACGAGCAUUAUGUCAUGGAAAAGCGAAAUUCCAUGCGGCAUUGUGCUCAUUUUACACCAACGAACAUGUUUGAAAGUGCAAGAGUACCGUGCUAAAAAGUAGAGAAAGGGCUAUGGUUUAGAAAAGCGGCCUCUACAAACAAUGCAAAGAAGCAAACACGGGCCAAUAGCAGCUGCAUAUCUGAAUUUCUAUAGGAGUUGAGUCACAAGGCCACUAAUAUCAGCUGAUUUUGCAGGCACAAAUACAUGAAGCGAGUUGCAGUUUGCGCUGACUUGCCAGGUUGAUUUUUUUUCGUGACAAAACCAAUAAUGGUGGAGCUAAAACGAAAAACGAGUGGUGAAAACAUGUUCACCAUGGAAGUAGGGCGGAGAGUCUUCUGUGAUGGGCACUACGGAACGAUUCGUUUCAUCGGUGAAGUUCCUCCAACUAAAGGAAUCUGGCUCGGAAUUGAUUGGGACCAUCCACUCAGGGGGAAACAUGAUGGAACAUAUAAUGGAGUUCAAUACUUUACUGCCUCAUAUCCCAAGUCUGGCUCAUUGGUGCGUCCGGAAAAAUUAAAUUUUGGGUGCUCAAUCGUUGAAUCAAUCCGUACAAGAUAUGGAACCCCACAAAGUGAAGAAGAGCUGGCAAAAGCAGAAGAAACUAUGCAAGAAGUUCAAAGAUCUAUCAAGGCUCGCUUUUUUGAGGUGGUUGGUUUCGACAAAGUUGAAGCCAAUUUAAGCCAUUUGCAGUCUCUUCAGAUUGUUUCACUCGCAGGUUUGCCAGUGAACGGUCCAGGUCCGCUGCCAGAGUUACAGCUUGUAUGCCCAAACAUCACAGAACUUGACCUUUCGCACACACUCCUUCAUAGCUGGGACUCAGUGGCAGCAAUUUCUGGUCAAUUGGUCAACCUCUCUGUGCUGAACAUCAGUGAAAAUCGCCUUGCUCCACCAGAAGAUGUAAAAGAAUUGCGGCCGGCGUUUGACUCUCUUCAUACGCUGAUUAUGGCUCGAUGCAGUUACAACUGGUCAGACAUCCUCUCGUUUAGCGGUAUGUGGCCUAACAUCAAGCACUUGAAGAUAAUGUUCAACGCUAUCAGUGAAAUCUCAGAGCCAGCAGACACAUUGUUGAACUUGGAAUCACUCGAUCUGGAAGGCAAUGUCAUCAGUUGGGAAGAUGUCGAAAGCCUCUCCAAAUUAACCUUCUUCCGCUCGCUCAAUUUGACCAACACACAUCUUCAUGAUAUAUCAGUUUCUCAGCCAUUAGAAGGUUACUUUGUGGCCUUGAAACAUCUAAAUAUCACAAAUAACAGUAUUUCAGGAUGGCUGUCCGUGAGUGAACUGAACAAGUUACCUGGACUGGAAGAACUAAGAUUCAAGAAAAAUCCACUUGUGGAUCAGGGAGAUUGCACACCUGAAACAGUGAGACAGCUGAUUAUUGCCCGAAUUUCCAAUCUGAAAUCGCUGAACGGAGUGGUCAUCAGCAGCAGUGAGAGGAAAGGUGCUGAAAACGAUUAUGUAAACCUCUACGGGCCUGUCUGGUUGGAAGCUUCAAAAUCGGAAGACAAGAAGGCUAGGUUUCUGGCCUACCAUCCACGCUACCUUGAGUUGAUUGAAAAAUAUGGGCCUCCAGAAUCUCAAGAGAGCGUCAAAAAGUCUCCCCUGAUAACAGUUCACCUUUGCCGUGGUGACGAUAGUGGACCAAAUCACACACGUAAACUGCCUUCCUCCAUGCUGAUCCAACGUCUAGCCAACCUGGUUCAACGACUUUUCAAUGUCAGUCAUCAAAAUUUGAAGCUGUCCUACAUCAGCUCAAAGCACCCAGAUCAAGAAAUUGCUCUGGAAAACCAUCUAAAAUCUCUGGGUUUUUACUCUGUCUCGGAUAAUGAUCGAAUCAUUGUGCGGUGGUAAGGAGCCCCGACGAGAUCCAGCCAGAGCCAUACAAAUACGGAAGCUUUUUGAAUCUUUGCCUCAUAUGUAGUUCGUACUUUUGUACAAAAUUUGUGAUAAAAUUAGUUUUAGGAAUUAUUUUUGAGAAGUAUCUCUGUGAUAACUUAAGUUUAAAAUCUUUGUACCUGUUUGUAGUCUUACUGUACAAGCGCUGAUUUGGCCAACCAGCCUACUUUCAACGCUUAGUUUUUGUAUGGACACCGAGGAAAUAAUCUGCUUUUAUUAAAUACUAAAAUUAUUAGAAGAGUGAACUUUGCUAGGAGAAAAUCCUAGAGGAAAUACAGUAGGUUGUGGUGAGGUAGCCACCUUUAGAACAAGUCGUGACGUAAAAGUGCGCAUUAGCUCAUCAUUCAAAAAGAAUGAGGUAGUAGCAGGGAGCAGACACUGCCAACCUGGCUCCUUAAUGCCACAGUUCUCAUUGGACCCACGUUUGCUUGCAAAGACGAAGAAAUCCAUCUCUCUUUGAUUACUAUCAUCCUCUGUAUUUUCUCUACAGGAGAAAACAUAAGUUUGAAGUGUAACAGAAAAAUUUGAAGAUGUUUUUCAGCCAGUGAAUCAUCAUUAGCUUACUUACAGUCAAAACUUGCUGUUCAGGCUCUAACUCUUUUGUAAGUUCGAAAUCCUUGUAAGAAUUAAAUAUUGGAAAUCUCGUACCUCCUCCUCAGGCAGAGAUGUUCGGAGCUAAAAAGUCCAUCAUGUGCUAACUGUACUAAUUGAAUGAAGAUUUGCUAGGCUUUACAAUCUUGUGCAUUAUUUUGAGGAGUUGAAUAAUUGAAGUCAAGAAAAGAAAAUACUUUCAAUAUCUUUUUUUUUGUUCCUCGUAACUUUUAAAGUAAUUAGGAGGAUUUUUUUUAAUAGAAAAGUCUAUGAGGCUUUAUUUCUGCCAAUCACUGUUCACAGUUGUAAUUUAUAUCCAUCAGGAAUAACACAUUAAAUUGAUCGUUUAAAAAGUUGGGAAGAUCUCAUGUCGUUUAAGACAUGUACCUGCUUGCCUAACUAAUGAAAAUCAAACUAAUUCUGUACAGGGUUUCAUUUGAUAAUCAUCCUGUGUCCACAUUUGAGGUCAGCUGGGAGUAAGGAUCUCCGCCACCAUCUCUAAAAUCUUUUAAAAAAUAAGAUGCAACUUUACAUUCUAAAUCUCUUAAAUUUUAGCUGAUUCAAUUCUUUUUUUGCUAUUUGAGCUGUUGCAUUGAACUUUUAGAAGUGAUACUUUGUAAGUCAAAGGGAGUUUUCUCUUGGCUCCCCAAAAUGUUAGAGCGGCUGCAGGGAGGAUAUUGACUGUGCCUUUUUUUUUUUUUAAAACAGCAACUUCUACUUUACAUUGCCAGAAAGAACUUAUAGAAAAACAGAACGGAAAAAAAAAUUGGCUUUUUAAGGUCAUGUUACCAAAUGGCGACCUUUCCAAGAAUGUAUUGUAAAGAAGAGAAGGGGUUGUCAUUUGCAAAAAAAUAAAAAAGUAGGGUCUGUGUCCCCCAGGACUUUAAAAUUUUCAGUAUUAAUUGAUGGAAUGCUAACUUCAUGUUUUAAUAUUUUUUUUACUAACUGUGAUGUAUUUAAUUGAAUUAGAUAGUAUUUUAUGAUUUUGUGUUAAGUGUAAGUACCAGAUUAAUUUAUAUGCUGUAUAUUGGAUGAUUUUUCACAAAUAUACUACUGGAGCAAAAAAUAAGUUUUACUGCAAA